UAUACAUUUUUAGAUAUCGCACCGCGUAUCUAGAAGAUAUGCCGUGGAUAGGAACUUUUCAGUAUCGUUUCAAAGGUUUCAAUAAACAACCUGCGGAUCACUAUUUAAGAUCUUUUUAUAUGGAAGAAUAUCAUGAAAGUAAAAGAUGGUGGAAUGUUGGGACUAAAAAAUAUUGUGUGGGAGACACGCCGCAGUAUAAACUUAUGCUGAAUAUCACCGAUCAAUUUCUGAAACUGGACGGUAAGAAGUUUUGUUUCACCUUCAUAGCGGACAUCACUCACGAUGACUUCAACAUGAUAUCUACAGCUGAUGAGGAUGUGCUGGAAUUCCUGCAAGGGUUCCAGCGAGCUGGUCACUUGGAGGACACAUUCCUCAUGGUGAUGGGAGACCACGGACCUAGAUACGCUUACGUCAGAGAUACAUUCCAAGGGAAAUUGGAAGAAAGAUUACCUCUAAUGGCUAUAGUUUUACCGGAAUCUCUGAAACGCGAGAGACCGGAGGUUGAGGAUGUGCUGCGAAAUAAUGUUAACGUUCUGUCCACCCCACACGAUAUACACGCGACUGUCCUGGACGCGCUGCACAUGAGACAGCACUGGAAUACGUAUAAAGUGCCCGGAGCUGAUUAUACAAGGGGACUCACUUUAUUGGAACCGGUAAGUAAUAUACAAAAACCUGGAUUAUUCCCAACCGUCUUCUGUCCCUAGAUGGGGACCGAUGAGAAUAGUAUCAUCCGUCCCACCUUUAUCGACGUAUGGACGGUUGGAACUGAUUUUAUCCCUUAAAGGUUCCGGUCUUUGUUCUCAUCUGUCCCCACGUGGGGACAGAACGGUGUGACGGUUGGGAAUAAUUCUAUAAUCUAUGGACUCAAAUAUCUUUGAAGCCUGUGUGAUUUUUAUAUACCUUUUAAGGGGGAUAUG